UCGUUUCAUGUUAGGUAAGUAUCACAGCGCAAACAACCAUCAGCAGCUGCAGAAGAACAUCUGAUCAUGGAAGAAUCUGAGAUAUACCCAAAACCAUACAGAAGAACUACAUCAUCUACCUCUUACUCCUCCGUAUCCUCAACAAGCGUUCAUGUCACAGCUCUAGACGGUCUCGUAAACGUGAACUCACUCUUCACCAUAGCAGUCUUCGUUGGUUUAUCUCUAACCACACCAGGCCAACGCAGUCUAGAAAACAAGGGAGCGUGUGAUGCAGGCCUUGAUGUUGCCAAAAGACUCUUAGCCUUCGAAGUUGUUUCCUUCAGCUUCUUUCUCUUCUCAAGUUUGGUGGCUCAGGGAUUGAAAUUAGCCAUUAAUCUGCUCAAUAGCAAGGAUGUGGAUGAAGCAUUUAGGGCUCAUAUCAAUUUGAAGGUUCUGAGGUUUGGGAUGUUGGGAUCUGCAAUUGGGUCAGUGAUGGGUUGUGUGUUCUUGAUGUUAUCAAUGGUGAAUGUGAUUCAAAUCAGGUUGGGAUUGCUUUCUUGUGGUAGUAAGUAUGCUGUUAAUUCAGUAGCUGCUCUGGUUACACUUGUUUCUUCUGCUCUUCUGGUGUAUAUUUCCACUGCUGUUUAUGCUUUCACACACUAGUGAAAUUACUG